GCUCGGCGCCUCGUAACCUGGCGACCCACCCCCAGCAGCUCGGCCCAGCCAUGGCGGCCCCCCGCCCGCCUCCCGCGAUCUCGGUCUCGGUCUCGGCUCCGGCUUUUUACGCCCCGCAGAAGAAGUUCGGCCCUGUGGUGGCCCCCAAACCCAAAGUGAAUCCGUUCCGGCCCGGGGACGGCGAGCCUCCCCCAGCAGCCGGGGCCCAGCGCGCACAGAUGGGCCGUGUGGGGGAGAUCCCCCCGCCGCCCCCGGAAGACUUUCCUUUACCCCCGCCUCCCGUCGUUGGGGAUGGUGACGACACGGAGGGCACUCUGGGAGCUGCCUUCCCACCGCCCCCUCCCCCGAUCGAGGAACCAUUCCCUCCUGCACCUCUGGAGGAGGAGAUCUUCCCUUCCCCACCGCCUCCGCUGGAGUUGGAGGGAGGGCCUGAGGCCCACAUACCGCUCCCACCGCAGCCCAGGGAGAAGGUGAGCAGUAUCGACUUGGAGAUCGACUCUCUGUCCUCACUGCUGGAUGACAUGACCAAGAAUGAUCCCUUCAAAGCCCGGGUGUCAUCUGGAUAUGUACCCCCACCCGUGGCCACUCCAUUUGUUCCCAAGACUAGUACUAAGCCUGCAGCUACGGGCACAGCCCCCCUGCCUCCUUGGAAGGCCCCUUCCAGCUCCCAGCCUCUGCCCCAGGCACCAACUCAGCCUCAGAGCCAGACACAGAUCCAUGUUCAGCCCCAGCCCCAUGUCCAGCCCCAGGCCAAGCCUCAGGUCCAGUUCCAUGUCCAGGCUCAGCCCCAGCCUCUGUCUUUGGCUAACACCCAACCCCGAGGUCCCCCAGCCCCAUCUUCUGCUCCAGCCCCUAAGUUUUCUCCACUGACUUCUAAGUUUACUCCUGUGGCUUCCAAGUUCAGUGCUGGAGCCCCAGGUGCACCAGGGUCACAGCCCAGUCAAAAACCGAGGCCCUCCGAAGCCCCCUCUUCUACUGGCACAGUCUCUCCUCAACCUGCCAGCUUCACCUAUGCUCAGCAGAAGGAAAAGCCCCAAGUGCAGGAGAAGCAACACCCAGUGCCCCCACCAGCUCAAAACCAAAACCAGGUGCGCUCCCCUGGGGUCCCAGGACCCCUGACUCUGAAAGAGGUGGAAGAGCUGGAGCAGCUGACCCAGCAGCUAAUGCAGGACAUGGAGCAUCCUCAGAGGCAGAACGUGGCUGUCAAUGAACUCUGCGGCCGGUGCCAUCAGCCCUUGGCCCGUGCACAGCCUGCCGUCCGUGCGCUGGGGCAGCUGUUCCACAUCACCUGUUUUACCUGCCACCAGUGUGCACAGCAGCUGCAGGGACAGCAGUUCUACAGCCUGGAGGGGGCGCCGUACUGUGAGAGCUGCUAUACUGACACUCUGGAGAAGUGCAACACCUGCGGGCAGCCCAUCACCGACCGCAUGUUGAGGGCUACUGGCAAGGCCUACCACCCACAGUGCUUCACCUGUGUCAUCUGCGCCUGCCCCUUGGAGGGCACAUCCUUCAUUGUGGACCAGGCCAACCGACCCCACUGCGUCCCUGACUACCACAAGCAGUAUGCCCCGAGGUGCUCCGUCUGUGCAGAGCCCAUCAUGCCCGAGCCUGGCCGUGACGAGACUGUACGAGUGGUUGCUCUGGACAAGAACUUCCACAUGAAGUGUUACAAGUGUGAGGACUGUGGGAAGCCCCUGUCAAUUGAAGCUGAUGACAACGGUUGCUUUCCCUUGGACGGCCACGUGCUUUGUCGGAAGUGCCACACUGUUAGAGCCCAGACCUGAAUGAGGACUGGCCCGCCCCUUCCGGACUGCACGUCCAUGCCCCGUGUUGGACCACCCACACUGAGACCAACCGUCCCCCACCCUCCUGCCCGCUCACCCGCCCACCGUUAUUUUUGUCUAGCUCCUCCCUUCAAUCCAAACCCCACCCCAGCAUCCCAGGUGCCCUGGCCCAGGAUCCUGACAUGGCCAAGGGAUGCAGAGUCCCAGCCCUGGGGUCUAGUCCUCACCCGUCCUGCAGGGACUGCCCACCGUCCUCCAGGUACCCCACCCGAGGGGGGGGCACCAGGUUUAGUGCUGCUGCUUUCACUGCUGCACCCACGCCCUCGGACGGCCCCUGAGCAGCCUCUGUACUCUGCUUGCUGAGGGCCAGGAGCCUGGGCUGACCGGCCUGGACAUUCCCACCCUCCCCCAUGCUGCCAGGUUGUGGCUACAGCUACAAAUAAAAAAAAAC